AUGAGCGGAUACACGGGAAGUAAUUAUAGCAGAUACUCAUCCACUCCUCCGGGACAAAGAGGGAAUUAUCACCCUCCCAGACGAGGUAGAGGUGGAGCGGGAGGGUCGUAUUAUAGAGGCGGCAAUACGUCCUAUGGCGCGAGAUACAACGGCGACUACGAGCAAGCACCACAAGAUGGAGACUCAAGACAGCCCGCAGGAUACUAUAGAAACGGGUACACAGACACGAAACCCUACUACCCAGGAAACAGCAGGCAUUAUCAAGCACAGCCCCAUAGAUACAAUAACAAUGUGAAUACCUACCGCGUACCGCACGGUGGCAGUAGCCAAGAUGGGACUGGCAGAUCCACGAGUGGCCCGCAAGGUGAUUAUGAAGACAAACGACUCAAGUCCAGAUACCAAACCAUGCAAGCGGAUUAUCCGUACCAGCAGCCGAUAAGCGCCGGCGCUGGCAGUGGUAGCAGCGGUGGUAGCAGCGGCAGCACUGGCAGUAACGGGCUUCCGCCGCCACCUUCGGUAUCAUCUGUGACCAGUACUAAGACAUAUCACGGAAACACCUACCCAUACACCGACAACCACCACUACGGCAGCUACCAUCGUCAAGAGACACCGCCACCUCCUCCACUAAGUAAUCACUACGGAAGCAGUUACCCAGCGCAGGCGCCCGAAAAAAGAAGUAACAGCAGCGGUAUCGUCCAAACGAAAAGAGCAAUAGAUAUGAAAGAUUCCCCGUUCUUGUACCUAACGGAUUUCGACAAGAACAUCAAAAAGUCAAAUAACACAGAAAACGAGUGUGAGAAAGCAAGGGAGGUGUUAAAAGAGAGCGACCUCAUCGACUCUGCUUUGGAGGACCUAAAUUUAAAGGUCAAUUCUAAUGUGCUAGAAUUGCGACUUCUAAAUAACCAGUGCGACAAGCACGCUUUGAACAUCCAGCUGACCCAGGAAAAACUGGAUUCACUGUUGUUGAUGCAGUAG